GCGUCACCAAAUCUAUCUAAACCAUUAGGAUUUCAUAAAAAGUGUAUGUGAAGAGCUAUUUAAAGAGAAAUUUAUCUGCAAGGGUCUUCUUAAGACCAAGAUUUUGAUGCUGAUGUGCUGCCAAAGAUCUUUAAAUAUUUGCUCACUUUUUCUCACACCCUGAUUGACAAGUGUAUAAUAAAUAAUCAAUUUUUGUUCCCAGGCAUUUGCCAGGAUGGCUGAUAGAGCAGGAACAAACCUGCUUAUUUUAGCAGCCCUAGCAGGAUGUUUAGUCGUGUUUGAUUUUUUACCCUCUGCUUCAAGUGUCAAAGAGCCUCCAGCCAUGAAAAUGACUAAAAUUAUGGGACCAUCUCUUCGGUUUCUUUACUGUUACUCGUGAGGAUAUCAAAAGGUGUUCCAGCAGUAUGCCACCAUGCUGCAGGACAAAUACCCUCACAUCUCCAUCAUGGGGGACAACUACCCACCCCCUACCUGGAGACAAUAUAUUGCUCAGAUACUUAGUUUAGCCAAAAUUCUCCUCGUCAUCUGUGUAGUCUCAAACAUCAAUAUUUUCCAACACCUUGGCCUGCCAACACCAGCAUACUGGACAUGGCUGUCAAGCAACAAAAUUUAUGGCUGCCUCAUGAUUUUCUUCUUAUCAAAUGCUAUUGAGGGUCAACUCAUCUCUACUGGGGCAUUUGAAAUUCAGUUUAAUGAUGUGCCUGUGUGGUCCAAGUUGGAGACUGGUCGGAUCCCUCAGCCUCCAGAACUGUUUCAGAUCAUCGAUAAUCACAUCAGACUGGACCAAAACCCCAGCUGGAGUGACAGCAUAUAAAAUGACUAUGUGAUUGAAGCUUCGCUCGUGCAAGGUGCUCGACCAGUCGACGGCGUGGCAGCUUCCUCUCCUCUACACAUGACGGCCUCCACACAAAGCCCUGCUGCUGGUGGAGGCUCGAACUCUCGGGUAGUUGAGGAGCUGGAGCUGCCUGCCUUCGUUGUGGUCGAGAUCCUUAUAAGUUGGGCGUUUGUUUUGCAAGUGACUUAUGUUGUCUGUUCAAUUCCAUUGUUGCUAAAUUUGGAAAUUACUCUUGGGAGGUCUUGUUUCUUUAUAUGUGUUUGAAUAGACUAUGGUUCUGUAUAUCCACCUCAAAGGGUUGUAUGUACUCGUAUAAAAAUUUGCUGCUUAUUUUAUUCGUAGAUUGUUGCACCCUUAAAGUUGCAAGGCUUAAAUUGACUCGUUUACUUUUUUGAAUUAUUACUGCUAUGCUUUAAUUUUCACACAACUAUAUUGGUGACUCGUUUGUCUGCUGUCGACUAUAUAAUCAGCUUUGCAUUUCUUAUAACAUCAGUAUCAUAGCUUGGCAACCAAACAGUUAGUAGGCUUGACUUGAAUUUAUUUACAUUUGCACCAGUUUGGAAACUAAAAUUAUUUUCUCACUCAUUGAGAAAGCUCAGUCGUAUGUCACAUGUUUGCAGGAGUGCUUUUAUCAAUUUAUGAAUUUAUUGAUGGGUUAUGUAUGCAUUAUACGGUGUGUGGCGCAUUGGAACACAUUCUCUCGUGAGAUAAUUGUGUGAUAUUCUAGUUCAUUUAGAACAUAGACGAUGUGUUUCAACGGCAAACAAGACAGCAUUGAGGCGACAGUAGUAUUUUUUGGGGCUGAUGAUUACGGCGUUCAGGAGACUUCACUAUUUUUUAAGACCUGAAUUAACACCGGUAAAACUGAAAGUUAUUUUCUAAAGAUAAAAAUGAUUGUAUCCUUUCAUAUUAUUCGAAAACGUCACAUUAUCUACUUCUUUGGGCUGCUAGUUUUGUUUAUGACUUUAAUCAUUGCAUAUUCACCUAAAGAUUUAUUUGUUUUAUCUCUUUCCACAUGCAUUCUGCUCUUCUCAAGUUUGCUGCCACAUACUCGAAUGAUUUUCAUUUAUAUUUCCCUAAAAAAACGGUUCGGUGUUGUUUACUUAGCCCAAUUAGUCAAAUUUACAGGCUAAUCUCGAUUAAAAUAAAAUCAGGCUUCAGCGUAACACCGUCCAUUUGUAAAGCAUAUGUUUGAUUGUUGUGUUUUAAUCGCAUUUGGUCAUGGUACAAGUUAUCGUAGCGUUCUUCUCCUAAUUGUACAUUAUUGUCGUUAUACUUGGCUCUGGAGAACAUUUACUCUCAUGUUUUUAAUCAGUAAGUAUAGUUUUAACCUCUGCAUCAGUUUUAACCUCUCCCAUCCUCUGCAUGCUACGUAUUACCCAUGAAAAAAUUCUGACAUUACGUUGCACAUGAAGUAUAUUAUACCGUACGAGUGUUAUUCUGACCAUUAUAUUAUCAACUGUGCUAGCGAAAUAUUCUGAUUGACCUUAUCGUUUGUGCAAUAAUUUGACUGAAAAUCGUUAUAAAUCCUGUAAAUGAAUUUUUUGUAACAUAUGUACAGAGAACCAUAUUUCCUGCUGACAUUUUGUGUAUAAUUUUAACUUUUCAACCAGGUCUCUUCAGCUUGCAUUUAAUUAGCGACCGAAUAGUUUAUCGCAGAUUAUUUCUAUUCAAUACGUUUCAAAAUUCAAGAGAAAGAGCCUCUAUUAAAUGUUUUACAUUCCCCGUGAUUAUCUGUUGUGUGAUGUGUAUUGUAGUCACUUAUCUUUGUGGUAGUUAUUCAAGGAGACUGUGAUGUUCGAAA